AUGACUCAAACAGUCAGCGAGUUCAUCUUCUUCAAAGUCAAGCCCUCCGUGAAGCCUGAAGACCCAGACAGCGAGGAGGGAGCGGAAUUCCUGCGAUUAAUGCAGACAGUCAAACACCAGAGCGGAUACCAGAGCUCUUCAUGGGGGAGAACAGUAGAAGAUGAAAACACCAUCGCUUGGGUAGUUGAUUGGUCCGACGCCCGAGGGGCCAGCCAUGCUAACAAGCUCUUCCCCGGCUUCAUCCAGAACGGCACCGAAGUCCUCACCCUCUACGUGACCCUCACACCCCCCAACUCGGAAACAGACGCCUUAUCCACGAACCCCGUGACUGAGAUCUGUGCCUUGUCCUUCCCGAGCUCGAUGACGCCGGAUGACUUGCUAAAGCUGAACGCGGACUUGAUUAACUUCCGCACUGCGCUCAUGGAGAGAUUGCCUCCGAGUUCUAGGCCUAAGUCGUGGGCGACGGGAUAUAUGAAUCGGCCCGGGACGCUGGAGCAUAAGGGGAGUCCUUCGGGCCAUGCGACGGUGCAUGUGUUGGCUGUUGGAUGGGAGAGUGUGGAGGCGCAUCGAGCAGCGAGGGAGACCAAGGAGUUCGCCGAGUCGAUCAAGCCCAUCAGGCAGAGGGCGCUCGCUCUGGCCCAGGGAUUAGGGAUGAAGCAUGUUACCUUCCGAAAGCUUUAG